CUCCACCUAACUUUUUUUCAUUUUUAAUUCAUCAAAAGACAAAACCUUUUAUUUGUUUCCUACCCUUUUUUGAGCCAUACCGAUACGUCUUCAACCACAAAAAAAAUCAAAUGUCGAAAUUUCUCCCGGAAGAAUUAGCCAUUGAGAUUCUAGUGAGGCUAUCGAUGAAGGAUCUUGCUCGAUUCAGAUGCGUCUGCAAGACAUGGAGAGAUCUUAUCAACGACCCUGGAUUCACAGAAACGUACCGAGACAUGUCUCCGGCAAAGUUCGUGUCGUUUUACGACAAGAACUUUUACAUGCUUGACGUUGAAGGCAAGCAUCCGGUUAUUACAAACAAGCUCGAUUUCCCCUUGGAUCAGUCAAUGAUCGAUGAAUCUACAUGUGUGCUUCAUUGUGAUGGGACUUUAUGUGUUACCUUAAAGAAUCACACUUUAAUGGUUUGGAAUCCGUUUUCGAAGCAAUUCAAGAUCGUACCAAAUCCCGGUAUAUACCAAGAUUCAAACAUUCUGGGUUUCGGUUAUGACCCGGUUCACGACGAUUACAAAGUCGUAACGUUUAUCGACCGGCUUGAUGUUUCCACGGCGCAUGUUUUCGAAUUUAGAACCGGUUCAUGGGGAGAGAGCCUACGUAUUUCUUAUCCUGAUUGGCAUUACAGAGACAGGAGAGGUACAUUUUUGGACCAAUACCUCUAUUGGAUUGCGUACCGGUCUAGUGCUGACCGGUUUAUCCUAUGCUUUAAUCUCUCAACACAUGAAUACCGAAAACUCCCUCUCCCGGUUUACAACCAAGGCGUGACGUCUUCAUGGUUAGGCGUUACAAGUCAAAAACUCUGUAUUACAGAGUAUGAAAUGUGCAAGAAGGAGAUUCGGAUUUCGGUUAUGGAGAAAACCGGAUCAUGGAGCAAGAUUAUAAGCCUUUCAAUGUCGAGUUUCAUCUCUGUACAAGAUCGUAUCUACGAUUAUCAAGUCGAAUUCGUGUCGUUUACUAGAAAGAACGAUCUCGUCGUAACAUUCACUGGAUACAACGAUCAUUUCGAGAUGGAACCUGAAGAGCGUACGAAGAAGAAGAUGUUCUUGUACAAAACCGGAAACGAGAGAUCUGAAGAAGUCCGGUUCUGUAACCCUCUAGCCGGGUUACGGUUUCUCUGUGAAUGUGUGGAGACUCUUAAGAUUGUUAAUCGCAUAUUUAUUUGACAAAAAAAAAUUAAAAUCGUCAACGUUGUGUUGCGGGUGCUACACGGAUAACG